GACUCAGUGCCACUCAGGACACAGUGGAGGGAGGGUGUGCUUUGGUGCUCCUGAAACAGUACCUUCCCUAGUGAAUGGUGCAUGCCCACAACAACACAUCACCACCAGCCCCAGCAAACCCCGCUACAGUGCAUACCCACGCUGAAAGAAAGGCCGGGGGAGUGAAACAGCAGCAGUAUAGCGGUGGCAUUGAUAAACGUUGCAGUAAUGAAGGUAUUGGAAGCACAGGUGACUACAGGUAAACGUUAGUGUACCUGAGUCAUGCACCUGGACCCUGUGCCCCGCCUGCCCCACCUGUCCCCGGCCCACAGGACGUGACUGAGGCAACUUUUCUCACCAAGAGGAAGAGGAAGGAGAGAAACAAGAAGGAAGGAAGGAAGGAAGGUCUGAGCAUCAUGUCGCCUCUUCUUCCUCUUCUCUUCCUGCCUCCUCCUCCUUCUCCUCUUCCUGCUCGUCCUCCUCUUCCUCUUCCCGUGGCUUGAGAGGAUGAACAGUCCGCCCUUGGAAGGAGGAGAAGGACCCUGCGAGAUUCUUCAGGAGGCAGCCCAGAGUGGACUAACCCUCCUGGCUGGUAGUGGUGGUGGUGGAGGCGGUGGAGGAGGAGGAGGUGGAGGUGGAACAGGAGGCACAGGUGGUGGUGGAGGAGGAGGUACAGGAGGUGGAGGGAGCGAAAAUGUGGAUCUUGGGAGCGUGGUGUCCGGGCUGGAUGGGGGACAGGGAACGACAAGGGGGAACACUGCGCAGGACGCCCUUACACUGCUGCAAAAUGAUCUGGUCCCCCAUACUAACUUCACUCAUACUUUCCUGAAGAGCAUCCUGACCUCCAUAGACAGCAAGGACCCAAUGGUUGCCAAUGCGUGGCUGGAGACUCUACUGGACGUGAUUGACUUACUGCCACGAGAUGUCAUCCGAGAUGAGAUCCUUCCCCUGGCUGUCUCCAAGGGGCAGUCCCAGCAGGUGUCUGCUCGACUGGCCGCUUGCAAGCUUAUUGGAAAGAUUGCCACCAAGUUUGAGCCUUUUGUGCUCAAGACCGAGGUUGUUGGCGUGGUGCAGAGUCUGUGUCAGGAUGUCUGUGGGGAGGUUAGGGGCAGCAUGUGUAGCCAGCUGUCGGCAGUGGCUCGUGGUCUCGGUCUGGACCCCACCAAGACCAACAUCCUACCUGAGCUGGUGGACCUGUGCUCAGACGAGGAGACCAGUGUCAGGCUGGCCGGGAUCAACACUGUUGUCCUUAUGAUCCCCCUGCUGGAUGAAGAAACACGAGUAGGAACGCUGGUGCCCCUUGUAAGGAAGAUCUGUGAGAGGGCUCUGCGUGUGGAGGAUGCAUCGCUGCCUGUCACUGCACAUCUCCUGGGCCGCCUGUGUCACGGCCUGCAUGAUGAACUCACAGACGAACAGAAGGGUUGGUUCCUUAACUUCUACUGCACACUGGCCAAGCUGGGACUGCCGGACUGCAAGAAGACUGAGCUACCGAUGCCAGACUUAGUAGCAGAAGUCCGUAGUGGUGAGUACGAGGCAGAGUGUCGCCAACAGUGCGCCUACAACCUCCCAUGUAUGGUGGCCUUCGCUGGCGGCUCCACCUCCUACCGCACCAGUUUGCAUUCCACUGUGUCUUCCCUCCUUACUGAUCCAAGCCACCAAGUCAGGAUUACUGUGGCUGCUGCUUUUCAUCAACUGUGCACACUGGUUGGGGCUGAAGUGGGGCUGCUGAAGGAGGGUCUGCUGCAGCUGCUGAGGUCAGAGAGCCUGGAGGUGCUGGCAGCCCUCAUCCCCAACCUGCCUAAUAUCAUCACCACCAUGCACCGACACAACGCCAUUGCACCACAGUCCCCACGGGGGGAGCUCUUGGAGGUGGUGGGGGCGCUGAAGCAAGGCGAGGAGACUGUCAGUGUUACCAGCAUGUGGAGAGUGCAUGCUGAAUGUCUCACUCAGGCGGCAGCUCUUGCGCCUUGCCUGCCGCCAGACAUGCUCUUUUCACAGCUGGUUCCCCUCAUGGUGAUCAGAAUGCAGACAGCUAGGCCCAUCCCCUGCCGCCUUGCUGCCGCCAGGACCCUGUUAGUGUACCUACAUCACAUGACCUCCACAGAACACCGGGAACACAUCUGCAACACUCUUGUCUCUGAGUUCUGUGAUGGGAACAGUUGUCACAAGAGAAUGUUGUUCUUGAACAUUGCCACGAUGAUCCUUGAGAUGUUCUCCAAGCUGUUCUUUAAGACAUACUUCUUCAGACCACUCCUUUCCUUGCACAAUGACAGGGUGCCCAACAUCAGACUGAAGUUGGUGAUGCUGCUGCCACAGAUGAAGGCCACCCUCUCCCUGCCAGAGGACAAAACCAGAUUGCAGGAACUAGAGACAGUGGUGGGGAGUCUGCUGGUGAGUGAAGUGGACCGGGAUGUGUCUGCGGCCGUUUCCACCACCAUCACACUUCUGGACAAGAUUGAGGUGUGCGAGAGUCAGAGAGGUUCUCCAGAGGGUGAGUCAGCAGGACAGGAGACAGAGGACGAGAGGAAGGAGAAACAGGAACAGCGCAUCCUUGGAGACACAAAGGCUGAUGAGAAGAAGUCACCUGGAGAGGGAGGGAGGAACGAAGGGGACGCGCUGGGUGAGAGGCGGUCAGGGUCACGUUCUUCCAGUCGCCGCAGCUCAGGGGUGAACCGUCUGCCGCCAUACCUGGAGAGGCGACGCAGCAACUCACACGCACCCAAGCAGCCGCCUGAUGAACACACCAUCCUUCGCCUGACGGCGCUCGACCCAUCCACCGACGAGUUCUUGGUUGAUGCCGGCAUCAGGAUAGAUGAGUCAGUGAUUCGCAGCCGCCUGCCGGGACCCCAAGCGCCAUCCCGGCUGGCUCGGUGGCGAGCCAGCGACCGGCCCUAUUCCUCUGCUGCCCAGGAUAGCCUCGAUGCCAAGGGUCGGCCCAUGUCCCGCCUGCGGCAGCCAACCAUUGUGGCCACCAGCCGCAUCCCUGCUCCGCCAGGCUCCCUGAGUCACAUGCCUGAAGGGUCUGAGGCUACGCUCCGCAAAGGUGAAAGUGGUCUGGAGCAGCGGCGGCGUAGUCAAGGCCCUGGGGGAUCUGGAGCUUCUAGUGUAGUAACUCGCUUACGACCACCACAGCGCCCUGGCCGUCCCACCUCAACAGUGGCCCCUGCUGCUCCCCAUGGCCCCCUCACCUCCCGCACUAAAUCCCUCAGUCACGAGAAUCUGCGAACUUCUCCUUCCCGCCUGGCUCUCCCAUCUUCCCCAACACUGUCCCCUGGCUCUUCCCGUGCCGCCUCACCCAACACCUCGCCUCAAGAAGAGGGCCGGCCCCGUACUCUCAAUGUGGCCGGCUCACGUCUGCGACAACCACAAGUUCGAACAUCACGGGGCCGUGGUUCACGCCCAACCAGCUGCAGCUCUUCUCCCGGGGGUUCACGCUGCUCCUCCCCAGGGCUGGAUGGCCCUGUGGGGGGGUUUGGUCGUGGCAGUCGUAAUGGCAGCCGUGCCAGUAGCACCAGCUCUUCACCAGCCACUUCACGAUGCUCCUCCCCGGCUGGAGAGGAACUACGGCCCUUGGGAAGGGCAACCCAGCACCGGAGCAAUCCCGCAUCGGCCAGGAACGGCUCUUCCUCCUCCCGCCCCACUCGCCACGGAUCCAACACCUCCUUGCAGGAACAAGUAACCACUCCCCCUUCCCCCGGCCCAGCCUCCCGCCAGCCACACCUGCAAGGUUCAGGCAUCCCCAAGCCCUUGGGUGCAUCCAGGACUAAGUCAGCCACCAGCAAGCUGCCAUUGCCAACACCCAGCAAGAAUUGAGCUAGUUUGAAGUGUCAAGUGGCAGUCCGGUCGUCGUCACUGCAAGGGUUACCCAGCACUGGAUGGGUUGCUUUGGGUGUAGGCAUGACCAUGUAUACCAUGUAUGCCUCACACUUCUCUAGUCAGCCAUGGGCUUCAUCUGUGGUGCUGGCCCAGCAGAUCAAUGCUUGCUCAUGGAAAGGCACUGCUGCUGAGGACCUGUGAUGCAGGAGCAGUGGCAGUGGUGGUGCCACACCCACAUCUGGCCCGGUGCACCAGUGUGCCCAGUGUAUUGUGUGCUUCUGGGGUGUUGAUCCCUGUAUGUGUUCUUGUCAUGCCCAGUGUUCUGAGUCUGAGGCCACAUUGUAGGCAUUUCUCUAUUGUUUCAGUUAUUAUGGGCAGUGGCACGGCAAUACAUGGAGGAGGAGGAGGAGGUGAAAGAUGAAGCUCAUACAUGUGUGAAGCUGACCAUAUUGAUUCAAGUUAGGCUCCAGACAGACUUGAUGCACAGGGAAGGUAUCAACUGAUGUUAUUUAUAACACACACACACACACACACACACACACACACACACACACACACACACACACACACACACACACACACACACACACACACACACACACACACACACACACACACACACACACACCUUAUUUGGUAGCUUUCUCCACCAUGUGCUGUUUAAGAUAGGCAAUAAAACUUAUUUAAGCUGAACUAGACUAAACAACACCAUUACAUGUUUGCAGUAUGCUCAGCAAUGUAUUCUAGGUAAUAAUGAAAGCACUGUUACUUACGCAUCAGAGGGAUUUGUGGUUGGAACUACUAGUACGAUUGCAUGGACAUGAGUGUGGUUAAGUUACUAUUAUGUGCCAAUGGUUGCUAACAGGCUUCUAUGAAGUGUGUGGUCCCCAUGGAUGUACCUCCUUUUCUUAUCAUGAUAUCAGUGGUGCUUGUUUCAGUUACUGGCUGCCUGUCAGUGCUAACAUUGCAGCAGUGAGUUUGCUGUGCCCCCACCACUUCACUCACACAUAUUCAAGAGUGAGAGAGGACAAAACAUUUUGAGAGUCAAGAAAUUUAGUACUAUAUGAAUGUUUUGCCUCACACACACGUUGAUGCAGCACUGUGUGUGAGUGAACAAAAUUGCAAAAUUUUAAAUUUGGCCUGAACAUCAAAGACCCAGUGAGAUGUGUUUUUCAGACAAGGACAUCAUCAUGGCAAUGCUGAGUGAAGGAGUUUCUGAGGAGCAUACUGCCUAUGUGUGUUUCUUAGACACUGGGGGAAGGACAGUGAAAAAUAAGCUAUGGGAAAGCAUCAUAAUUUCUAUUACUGUUACUAAUAUUUGGCAAAUCUUAACUUGUGUACUGUCAACAAUCAACUAAAUUCAAUUCAUGCUUCAGGCAGCUGACCAAUUCCAUUGUUUUGCUAAUCUAAUGUUCAGCGCUGUCAUUUCAUCUUACACUUCCAAACAAAUAUUAAUCAGACAUCUCUUCUUAUGUACUUAUUUAGAUACUGCAAAAAAUUAUGGUCAUAAAUACAUAUACUGUGAUAUGCCAUAGCUGAGAAAGACUUCAACUUUUAAGCUUAACAUAAAUUUUGACUACCUCAGCUCACUUUCUCAUUGCACGGCUUGACACAGGGACACGAGCCACAAGUCAGGCAGAAUGGAUGUGACUCAGCCAUGACCUCAUUCCUAUCAGAGUAAAGUAGAAACAUAUCUUUAACACUGAACUGCAAGCAGUACUACAGUGUGUAUUCCAAAGUAUUUCAGUGGGACAAGCAGUAUUAAAUUUUGCCAUGAAGAUUUUUACAUUGAAGUGUGACAGGAGGGUGUGCUUCACCAUACUCAGUUCUGUGCUACACCCCUGCAUGGGUGUAGUGAAAAAUGGUGUGCUGGUUAAUUUAUAGGCUAAGUAUCUUAUCACAAAGAUUAUAACUAUCAUUAUUAUCAUAGUAUUAUCAUUAUCUAUAUGAACUUGGUGCAGCAAAAUGGUGUGAUGUACUUUAUAUUUUCUAAUAAGACCCUUUGUUAAUGUUCCUUCCCUGAGCUCUGUGGCAGCAGGUGCUCACCCUGGAGAGUGGCUGGUGUUGACUUAUUGAUACACACAGAUUGAAGGACAUCUGCUGAUAGAGUCGUUAUGGACUAGGUUAUAUUACAAGGAAGUCUUGUAAAGAAUGCACCACCACCUCACAUAUUUAGGAACAAUUUUUGGUAAGAUAUACAGUAUGGCCAUAGGGAUGUACGUACGUAUGUCUGUUUUGUUGUGAGGUACAACGCUCUGUCCGAUAAGACUUAGUCUGAGACGAUUCUCACCCAGAAAAUUGAGGCAAGUGUAUACAACAGCAGUGAGUGAGUGUGUGUGUGUGUGUGUAAAAAACAUAUCUGUUAAUUUCUCUCUCAGAGUUUUCAAGUGAAUAACUUUGAGAAGCAAGAUAUAGAUGAAAAAUUAUUGCUAUCAUUAUUUAUCAACAGUGGGUUGGUUAGAGGGUGAGAAAGGCGCUGUGUUUUAUUUAUAUUUUACCUAGACAUAUGUGUAAUAUGUAUUGUUUGUUUAUAUAGGGAUUAUUUAUUUGUGCAAUUUACCUCAACGGAAAUCUCUAUUUUCUUACUCCCACCAGUACAAAUAUUUAUUUUGUUUCUGUUAUGUAUUAAUGUUCCCACCUCUGCCUGUAGGACCAAGUUAUUGUUCUUUUUCAUAUUUUAACUCUCUCUCUCUCUCUCUCUGAAUCAUUAUUUUACGUUCUCAUUGACUUUUAAAGCUUCUCUCCUCAUUGGGUUAGAAACAGUGGCCCUGUUUUGGUUUUCAAAUAGAUAUAAAAGUUUUUCAAAGAAUUCAUAAUCAAAUUAGAAACUUGAAUAACAUUUAACCCUUCUUGAUUUUUUUUCUUGUUUCCUCCCUUGUCAUUGAUGUGAUCCAGUGCCACUUGUGUUCUAUUACGUAUUGAAGUGUACUGUACCAUAGUCUCCACCUGUUCUUCUCUAUAUUGUAACACAUUAUGUUCAUCCAGGAAUCCUAAACAUGUGUUUGUGUUCCACUUUACUUUGGUAAAGUAUUGAAGCUGAAUGCAUCAAGCCCACCAUGUGGAAUUCAGUAGUUCUGAUAAGUGUGCACCCAUCAUACUCUUUGAUACAACUGAAAUGUAAUAUAUGCAGUUCCUCAAACUAGUGAUGUCAUAUUGUACAAAAAAAGGCAGUGUCACACAAUCACCUCUGCCCAUCACACUUCUUGGUCUUUGCAGAACUCUUGAUACAUUCAUUUCUAUUUGGUCCACACAUUAAAUUUACCGGACUUUGUGACGUCACUAGGUGAGGCAACUGUACAUUAUCAUCAGUCUGUUAGGAAAAAUUGUAAGCUGCCAAGAGGAUGUUGCUUAGUUUGUCCUCUUAUUUCUCACCUCAACUGUUGUCUUAAAGUGAUGAUUUUGUCUCAUCAUUGAUGGGAAAAGCUGAGUAUGUAGGAAUUUUAUUAUUGUAACCAAGGGCUAAGCAUGUAUAAGACUUUGCUGGGCUAGGUUGUGACUCUCUCUCUCUCUCUCUCUCUCUCUCUCUCUCUCUCUCUCUCUCUCUCUCUCUCUCUCUCUCUCUCUCUCUCUCUCUCAUGUCUGGGUGCUAGUGUUCAGUACUCUUAAUAAGCAGCAGGAGUGACAGUGAGUGGUAUUUGCAAGUUUAUACAUAUCUAUUUAUAAUGCUAUAUAUAUGGUUAUAUAUAUAUAUAUAUAUAUAUAUAUAUAUAUAUAUAUAUAUAUAUAUAUAUAUAUAUAUAUAUAUAUAUAUACAUAUGUAUAUGUAUGUAUAAUUAGUUGAGUUGUUAGCUAGAUCUUUGUUUGUUUUUAUUUAGCACGUAUGUCAAUGCAUAUGUAUACCAUGUACUACCUACAGGUUUUCGGAGUUGUCGUCGUUUGUGAAGGGCGUUGCAGAGAUGGUGUGCUUAUUUUGUUACAAAUGAACAGGUAGUUAAUUAGAAACCAUACUUCUGACUGGGACUUGCUUUUUGUUAUCUUUAUUGGCAAGAUUCACUCAUAAAAUAGCUCAUAGCUCUUAGGGAAUUUAAACAUAAGGGAAAAAUAUUCAUGGAUUUUAGAAGUAUGUAGUUAGUUAAAAGUUUUCCUUAUUUCUUACUAGUGAUGAAAUCAGUGAAAAGCAACCCUUUGUGCAGCCUGCAAAGUUCAAUUAACAUGAGUGCUACAGAGGCACUCACUACUAGUCAGUGUCCCAAGUGAAGGUGUGGUCUCUUUUCACUAGCUGUACAUACACAGGAGUGCUGAGUGCUGAUGGUGGCUGUUCAUGUUGUUGAUCCCAGGUAAACAGUGUGCUGAGUACAUAGGUGUGUAUGUAUGUGUGUGUGUGUGGGGGGGGGAGGGAUUGUGAUGUGAUGAAGUGCUGUGCUCUACACACCCACUAACUGGAAUGUAUAACUCUUAGUGCAGGGAAUGUGUUAUGUAUUGUGAAGAACAAAACACAUGCUAUUCAUUUAGUAAGCAAGAAUAACAACCUUCCUCGACUGUGACGACGAACAAGACACGUGAGAAAGAACAAGGAAAUAAUCUACCUAUAGUAGUUGUGACUUUCUGGUUUUGAAGUGAAGCUCAUAAUAAAGGUUUGCCGUACAUACUCUAGCUGUAUAAAAACGCAUAGAAAACAUGCAUUUAAAACACACAUCAUAUAAUUUAACAAGAACACAUAAGUAACAUAGUAAAGAGAACAACAUAUGAAGAACGUAUUAUACUAACAAGUAGAGUAACCAAAUGAAAGACAAAGUUCAAAGAUUAACUAAACUAGACAGUGUAGCAUAAGGUAUUCAACAUUAUUCCCAUAUAUAUAUUUUUUUUCUCUCACUUCUCCAAGUUAGUCAUGAGCAAUAUUUACCCACCGAGGAUAUUCAUAUGUAUCUUGUGUCCAUCUAACCCACCAAUAGUGUUUGUACCGUACCUCAGCCAAGCAGGUAGUGCCACAUUAGUCUACCUGUAUAACUAGUAAUUCUCUCUCUCUCUCUCUCUCUCUCUCUCUCUUAAAGCUUUGUGUCUGGAAGAUUAUGAAGUGGAUGAGUUCCUCGUGCGUAUAGGAGUGUGUUGAGCCAAGGAAGUGUUGAACAAUACAGACUGUUGGACAUGCAGUACAUUGUAACACUACCGUUUAUGUUGGAUGUAAAAUUGUGUUACUACUACUACUACUACUACUACUACUACUGUCAUGCUUUCUUUUCUUACUAUUACUGUGAUACUGCUGUUUCUUAUUUAACCACCUCAUCCUGCUGCUAUUGCUGCUGGAGCUAUUACUACUUAUGUUGCUACUACUAUUUUUGCUAUUACCACUACUACUGCUAAUAUAACCACUGCUCCUAACUACUACUAUUACUACUACUGCUGCUGUCACCACCACUUAUACUACACUUCCAUAGCACAGUGUUACGUCUUUGCCGGUUAAUUGUACACAGGUAACUUCUCUUUACUGGUGAAGUUGAUAAGAGUACUUUACAAUGAUGGUGAUUUGGGGACCUCAGCAGCACAACCAAACAUCUGUUAUGUGAUCUUGCUUUAAAGAAACUUCCUGACGCAAUCCUGUGAUAUUAUUUAAAGUUCUUUGCGUGCUUAUGUGAAAGCGUACUGUACCUGCGCGUUAAUCAAAAUAUUCUACUACCAGUGCUUGUGGAUCAGUUUAACAGAUGAAUGGCCUCGCUGCUGCUGUUUAGGAUCACCAAUAACUCUCGAAACUACCAUGUGUUGCUAGAUCUCAUGGAACUAACCACGUGUCUGUUCUGCGGUGCGGGUCAUGAGCUGAGCGUCAGGGAGGGAGUGAAACACCUCAUGAGCGCUGCGUCUCAGUCGAGGAUCUUCCAAGGUGUGGUACUGCUAUGUUAUGUGCUACUCUGCCCGGCUCUUCCAUGUUCUGUAUUACUGCUGAGGUGAAAUUACAUUUUAUUCCUGCAUAA